CGAAACAUCAUCUUGAGGUUCAAGAAUCAAGUCUAGAAUUUUAACUUUUCAAACGUCAGUAUUCUGUACUUCACUUUUCAAUGCAAUUACGAAUUAGAAAUAUCUUUUUCUUCGAUUUAUGGUUCCUUUUGAGUGUUAAGUGCUAAUUACAUAACAGUUUAGUUUAUAAUAUGUCCGGUUUUACCGAAAAUGCGUUGAUUCGAAAGUUACAGGAACUUAAUUCAAGUCAACAAAGUAUACAAACAUUAUCACUAUGGCUAAUACAUCACCGUAAACAUCAUGCCGCUAUUGUUAAAACAUGGUAUAAGGAACUUCUGAAAGCUAAAGACAGCAAACAAGUAACGUUUAUGUACCUAGCUAACGAUGUUAUACAAAAUAGUAAGAAGAAAGGUCCGGAAUAUGGCAAAGAGUUUGGGGCCGUGUUAAUAGAUGCACUGAAGCACAUGGCAAAGACUGGUAUCAAUGCAAAAACGAAACAUGCACUACAUAGAAUAUUAAAUAUAUGGGAGGAGAGGGGUGUGUAUGAACCGGAAAGAAUACAGGAAUUCAAGGUUGCUGUUGAUCCAAAUGAUACUGAAGUUACGAAUGCUAAAAGAAAGGCUGUUGAUAUAGAAACAAAAGACAAUGUAAAAAAAUCUAGGCAGGAGGAGAAGACGAGGCAAAAAGAACAUAAAGAAAGAAGAAAAAGUGAUUCUAAACUUGAAUCAAAGGCUGGUUCUGAUGGACAUAAUGACAAUCAUUCAAGCAGCCCUAAGACACCACCAGGCGAUCCGCCGGAACCUGAAGAACUUAUCAAGGCCCUACUGGAACUUGAAUCCAGUGCUUCAAGCGAUGAAGCUGUCCGAGAACGUAUCGCCUCCCUCCCCCCAGAGGUUUCCGAAGUGCAAUUAUUAUCUAAGUUAGAAGAUAAAGAAUCAGCUCUAAGUCUUAGCGCUGUAGUUAAUUCAGCAGUAGAAUUACUGGCCGAGUAUAAUUUAAGACUAUCCGAAGAAUUGGAGAAACGGCGAAAGGUGGCAACCAUGUUAAGGGACUUUGAACAAGCACAGAGGGAACUUGCAAAGAAAGCUGAGGCUACCUUAGAGGAGUACAACAUAAAACUUCAAAAAAUCUACGAAGUGAAAGCCGAGGUGAAGUCUCAUAUAGAGAAUUUGCCAGAUGUUUCCCGCCUGCCUGAUGUUACAGGAGGUUUGGCGCCCUUACCCUCCGCUGGGGACCUUUUCAGUGUUUGAUACAUGACAACUUACAGUUGACGCCGCUGACAGUUGGCAGUAUUGACAGUUAACACGUAACAGUGGACUGUAACACCAUCAUAGCAUAGAAUAAAAAUAUUUUAAUAAUAAUAAAUAUUUGUUAUGUUUG